UCUCGCUUUACAUCAGUUUGUGCGAAAACUGAACUUGAAGUGGUUGGCUGUCGAUGCGGGUUCGACGGUGGUAAGCAGCUACCUGAUUGCAGAAGAACACGGACUGUGGCCUACUAAAAAGUAUUCCAGGUAGAGUUCGACGAAUCCGGAUAUCGGAGUGAUUAGUACAUCGUGCUUUCGGAUCCAUUAGCUCAUUGUGCCGAUUUUACGUCGCGCUAGUGUUUGUUCUUCAUAAUUUAUUCAAAUUGGCCUUGAAGUAGUACCUCGGAUGCGCGGAGAACAGACAGACAUUCGGCCUAUAAUUCGGUGGAGGUGGUAAUUCGGAUGGAGUGAAGAACGGCGUGCGACUUUGAUCGUGUGAUUGUGUUACUUCGUUUAGAUUUCAUGUGCAGUCCCUAAAGUGCAUGCAGCGAGCUCAGCGAUGGUGUGAUUACUAUGAUGUCGGUUUGACAGUGGAAUGCCACCAACCAGAAAUUUUGGAAUCUAGUGCUUUUUUGUUUGUUUCAUUUGUGAAUGUGAUAUCGGCGAUUAUAUCGCGAACCAAAAUAAUACACAAGUGCUCUGGUACGAACCGUACCGAAUUUAGUGUGACAACAGGCUCAGGCGAUAGGACGACUCAACCGCAGCGGCAGUGUAUAGUUUUGUUUUUUUAUCAACGGCUGCCAGUAAAACCGGAAGUGAGCAACGAGAAAAAUGUCUUCCAAAAACGAACUGAAAAAGCUUUCCGAGGAGAGUUUAACCCGGCAGCCAGAGGAGGUCUUCGACAUCAUCUGUAAACUGGGCGAGGGAAGCUAUGGAUCAGUGUACAAAGCCCUUCACAAGGAGAGCGAGCAGGUUCUCGCCAUCAAGCAGGUCCCGGUGGACACCGACCUGCAGGAGAUCAUCAAGGAGAUCUCCAUCAUGCAGCAGUGCGACUCGCCCUACGUGGUAAAGUAUUACGGUAGUUAUUUUAAGAAUACCGAUCUCUGGAUAGUGAUGGAAUACUGUGGAGCGGGUAGCGUUUCCGACAUCAUGCGGUUACGGAAGAAAACUCUGUCCGAAGAUGAGAUUGCCACGAUUAUGAGUGAUACGCUAAAAGGCUUGGAAUACCUGCAUCUUAGGCGGAAGAUCCAUCGUGACAUCAAGGCGGGUAACAUUUUGCUGAACUCAGAAGGUCACGCCAAGCUGGCCGACUUUGGGGUGGCCGGGCAACUAACGGAUACGAUGGCCAAACGAAAUACUGUGAUCGGGACGCCCUUCUGGAUGGCUCCAGAGGUGAUAGAGGAAAUCGGGUACGACUGCGUGGCGGAUAUUUGGUCGCUGGGUAUCACGGCGCUGGAGAUGGCCGAGGGGAAGCCUCCGUACGGAGACAUUCACCCGAUGAGGGCAAUUUUCAUGAUCCCGACAAAGCCACCGCCAUCAUUCAGGGAUCCGGACAUCUGGAGCCCAGAGUUUAUCGAUUUUGUCAGUUUGUGCCUGGUCAAGAAUCCGGAGGAACGUGCUACAGCCACGGAUUUGUUGACACAUGAGUUCAUUGGAAACUCUAAACCAUGUAGUAUUCUCAGUCAAAUGAUAGCUGAAGCAAAAGAAAUCAGGGAAAAUCAAAGUUAUCGGCAUGCGGCGGCCAUUAGUCAGGCCAACCGGCAACUGCAGAAUAACAAUAACAACAAUAAUCAUGAUGGCGAUUCGGACGAGGACGAAGUUAACUCGAGGACGAUGAAGGAAUUUCCGGAGGACUGCGGAACGCUGGUUCCCGGUCAGGACGAUGGGGAUGGCACGAUGAUAGCGCAUACAGAUUGCGGGACGCUUGUCCCCGGCAGUGCAACGAUGGUGGAACUCCAAUCAAAUCUCGGAACGAUGGUGAUCAACUCCGAUUCGGAGGAAUCGACGAUGAAAAGGCACGACACCAAUCCGGACAAACCCAAGUACCGACCGCUGUUCCUGGAUCACUUCGACAAAAAGGAAGCUGAAGCGGCCAAUUUCGUAACCAAAUCGAGUAAUCAACAGAGCUACGAUGACGACAGUUCAUCGCCAGAAGAUCAGGACGCGUCUCCACAAAGGCCACAACCGCAGGUGCAAACGCCGACCAAGCAGCAGCAACCCUCGGCUCCACCACUAUCGCAGGGUAUCGAUGAGCAGCAGCUGAACGAGGAGCGGCAGCGAUUUCAAUCGCACCUGCAGUUGCAGCUCAACCAGAUAUCUGCCGCUAGUCCCAAUAUGCAUCAGCAGCAGCAGCAGCAAGUGCAGUACCAGCAGUCCCCAGUGGCUGUAACUCCGGAUGGUGGGGGUGGAGGCGGCGGCGGCGGUGGUGGUGGAGGUGGGGGUGGAAUGGAAGCCCAUAAUCGAAUUUAUAAUAAUAGGAUCAAUCUGAUUGAUAGUGAAUAUGAUUCGCUGAAAUUCCUCAACUACGAACAGCUCGAGCAGCGGCUGGCCAGCAUCGACAAGGAGAUGGAGAAGGAACUAGCGGAAACGAAUAAACGCUACCACGCCAAGCGGAAGCCCAUCAUCGAUGCCAUCGAGGCCAAACAGCAGAAGCGACAGCAAAAGCAUGAGGAAUUUUGAGUUCCCGCAGCGUCGUGCUGAUCGUAGUUCAAGUGCUAUCACAGGAAGAAUCCCACACCUAGGAAACAACUAUAUGAAUGCGUAGGAACCAACAGUGCGGUUGGUUUAGUUGAAGAUUGACUAAUUUUAAGAGGAAACCAUUUUAGUGAGCUUUCACCGAAUCAAAUCGUUGAUUGAUUGACGUUUUCAUUACUAAGUUUUUAUUGUGCUCUUUCGGUUGGGAGGGAUCACCUCCCUCAUCCGGUGCAUAGCAUUUAAGAGAAAAUUUAAUUUGUGAAUUACCUAGAUCAUGUUUAUUUAUACAAAAUGUCCCGCGCCACGGAAUAACGAUUUCCCGACUGCCUGCAAGCCUGAAACGGAAUCAUUUUAGUGAAAAAAAAACCUUAGUGCUAUUUAAAAAGAACGAACGGUGAAGCAAAGCAUAGAUCUGUAGAAUUUAUGAACCAUAAAAUAUCUAUUAAAUUUGUUUUACUUCGAACAAUAUCAAGUAAGCCAAACUGA